AGACUCCACUGACCACCAUCCGCAUACCACACACACACUUUGCCAUCCACUGUACGUGAUCUCUUGCCUCCGACGCUAUCCUUUCUAUUUCAUUCCUGCUUUAGCCAUCUUAGUAAAGUUUCAUUGCCAUAGCGUAGCUUGCCUAUUCAGGUGAUUUGCUCUCCUGUCACCAGCAUCGUUGUUGUUCCACUCAAGAUCAGCCAGCACUUCAAAUCGGGAUUUUUACCUCUUCGUCUUGCCUCGAGAAAUGUGUUCUGACCUGCUCGAUGCCUCGACUGGAGAUUCUCCCGUUGGAGAGUUCCUCUGGCUUCAGUUUCUCGAAGAUAGGCGACCCAACAUCCACUUCCCAGAUUCUUUCGUCCGCCAGGGCAGCCUGAGUGAACCAGAGAGGCAGUGCGGAGCUUCCGGAAGCCCUUGGCUUACAAUUUCUUUACACAAAAAAUUACUCCUGCCAUUGGCACUGCAGCCUUGACGAAUUGCUUCUGCUUCCUCACCUCUUUAUCAAUUCAAUGGAUCAAAAAUCAAAGCUUAUCAAAGCUCUUUUCAAGAACACCAAGAAUCCCAGACUUGCAUGGCAUCUCUUCAAGCGCAUUCUGUCUUCAUCUUCUUCCUCCUCAUCUCCUUGUUAUCUUCGUUCCAUACCUAUCAUUGUACGUAUCCUUAUUGGCGCACAUAUGCACAAGGAGAUCGAUGAACUCCCCCAACUCCUUCCUGUCUCACGGAACCCUGAUGUUGGCCUUGCGUCUCUCACUUCCUUUGUUCAAAUCCUGGCAUCAUUGGGCCACCUUGAUAAGGCUGUCUUACAUUUCAAAUCCCUUAGAACUCGAUUUCCAGCAAUGCCUCCUGCGGUUUCUUUAUACAAUGUACUUCUUCAAGCUAGUCUUAAAAGGAACCGUCCAGAUUUUGUUAAAUGGCUGUACACAGACAUGAUUGCGGCUGGGGUUAAACCAGAAACUUAUACGUUUAAUCUCUUAAUUCAGUUGUUGUGUGACUCUGGUCAUUUAGAUGAUGCUCGAGACCUGUUUGAUAAAAUGUCUGAAAAGGGAUGUCAGCCAAAUGAGUACAGUAUUGGGAUUCUUGUUCGUGGGUUUUGUAGAGCUGGGUUCACUGCCCAAGGCUUAGAGCUUCUCAACCAGUCAAAGAAUGGUCAUCCUUUCCCGAAUAAGGUAGUGUAUAAUACUCUGAUAUCUAGCUUUUGUAGAGAAGAUCGAAUUGAUGAAGCUGAAAAAUUAGUCGAAAGGAUGAGAGACCAGGGUCUAUUUCCGGAUGUUGUUACUUUUAACUCUAGGAUAUCGGCGCUUUGUAGAGUGGGCAAAAUUUUAGAAGCGUCAAGAAUUUUCAGGGACAUGCAAAUGGACAAAGAGCUUGGACUUCCAAGGCCUAAUAUCAUAACUUACAAUAUAAUGCUCAAAGGGUUUUGCAAGGAGGGCAUGUUGGAGGAAGCGAGUGCUCUGCUUGAUAAAAUGAAAAAAGUUGGUAAUUUUAUGACAUUAGAAAGUUAUAACACAUGGUUGUGGGGCUUGGUUAGAAAGGGGAAAUUAUCAGAGGCUCGGUUAGUUCUCAAUGAAAUGCUCAGCAAAGGAAUUCAACCAAAUAUAUACUCCUACAACAUUAUAAUGGAUGGGCUCUGCAGGAAACAUAUGCUGUCGGAUGCAAAAACGUUGAUAGACCUAAUGAGAAAUAAUGGUAUUUGCCCUGACACCGUAACUUAUAGUAUUCUCCUCCAUGGGUUCUGUAGCGAAGGGAAGAUUAUUGAGGCAAAAAAUAUUCUUCAGAAAAUGAUCAGGAAUGAUUGUUCCCCAAAUGCUUACACUUGCAACAUAUUACUGCACAGCCUUUGGAAAGAGGAGCGAACAUCAGAAGCGGAGCAAAUGCUGCAAAAGAUGAACAAAAAAGGAUACCAAUUCGAUACAGUUACCUGUAAUAUAGUCGUCAAUGGUCUUUGUAGAAGGGGUGAAUUGGACAAAGCGGUUGAAAUUGUUAGUGAGAUGUGGACUAACGGACCUGCUUCCCUUGAUAAAGGAAACCUAAUUGCCAGCCUAGUAAAUGACAUCCAAAAUGUAUCAAAUAGAUUUCCAGAUGUGAUCACAUAUACAACCAUAAUUAAUGGGCUAUGCAAGGUUGGGAGGCUCGAGGAAGCAAAAAAGAAAUUUAUAGAAAUGAUGGCAAAAGGUUUGCACCCUGAUUCUGUGGUCUAUGAUUCAUUCAUUCAGAGUUUCUGUAAACAAGGAAAGAUAUCAUCUGCCUAUCGUGUCCUGAAGGAUAUGGAGAGAAAUGGUUGCAGCAAGACUAUUCAGACUUACAAUUCAUUGAUUAUGGGCUUAGGAAGUAGAAACCAAAUAUUUGAAAUCUAUGGUCUGAUGGAUGAGAUGAGAGAAAGAGGGAUAUGUCCAGAUGUUUGCACAUAUAAUAAUAUUAUUAGCCAUAUUUGCGAUGGAGGGAAGAUAAAGGACGCCACUUCCCUUUUACAUGAAAUGCUGGAUAAGGGCAUAACCCCGAAUAUAUCCUCCUUCAAAAUAUUGAUAAAAGCUUUCUGCAAAUCCAGUGACUUUGGAGUUGCAUAUGAGCUAUUUGAGGUAGCUCUGAGCGUAUGUGGCCAAAAGGAACCCUUGUACAGUUUGAUGUUCAAUGAAUUACUAGCUGGAGGACUGGUCUCUGAAGCAAUGGAGUUGUUUGAAGCUUCAUUAGAUAGAUCUUUCGGAUUGAAAAAUUUCAUGUAUAAAGAUCUAAUUGAUCGGCUAUGCCGGGAUGAUAGGUUAAAUGAUGCUAAUUUUCUUCUCCAUAAAUUGAUUGAUAGAAAAUACGAGUUCGAUCAUUCAUCAUUCAUGCCAGUGAUUGAUGGCUUAAAUGAAAAGGGAGACAAGCAACAAGUUAAUGAACUUGCAACGCAGAUGAUGAAAUUGGCUUUAGGAGAUGGCUAUGGAAAUAAGACUUGCUACAGUGAAAGAAGGAACAUCAAUGGAAAAAUUAACAAGGCUGGUGGAAGUGACUGGCGAGAUAUAUUACACAGGGACGACGGCAGUGGAAUUGCAUUGAAAACUCUCAAGCAUGUACAAAAAGGCUGGGGUCAAGGAAGCAUAUCAAACUUGCAGCCUCUGAAAAAUUAUUUCGACGAUUACUAUGAUGGGAGUGGUUAAAUUUCUGUCAAGUUUCCUAAUUUUACUUUAUUUUAUUUUUUUGGUAGAUGGAGGGAGAAGCAUGAGAACGUAAAGGCUUAAAAUAUUACAAAGAACGAAAUAGAAUAUCCCUCUCUCUAUAAUACACACACAAAAUAGUUCAUAAAAACUGCUGAAGAAGCUCUAUAGAAUGACUGAGCUGUGUACAAAUUCCUCAUAUGCCUCUCAAUUAUCGCACAAUCUCUCUUUUCUGAUGAUUCGGUGAUAUUUCUGAGAUGGUAUUUUGACCAUCCAA